UUGCUCUUAUGCCAGGAGACGGAGACUAUAGAUGGACAAGGAAAUGUGGAUUGCCGGUCAUCGGCGGCAGGGCAAUGCCAAGAGAUUAGGAAUGUACAGGUGACUCACCAGCCACAUCCCAAGGAAAAUUCGAAAACAAGUGGCGGUGUUUUGUCUAAUGCUGCUGCUUCUAUUGCAUCUACCCUUGAGUCUGCCAGGGAUGCCAUCAUCAGAAAUUGAAACCUCACUUGUUUAACUGAACAUUUUUCAGUUCUAUGCCUAUU